AUGGCACUCCGUCACGCUGAUCCUUUGCUCAACCUUCCAAGCAAUGUAGCCAUUAACUUUGGGUCAAUUACAUGGAUGCUCUAUGGGUAUUCGCGCAUCCAGAAACAGCGUGAAUCCCAAAAGCAGCAGCUCGACCCCAACAGCACCAACGUCCCCGACUACAGCCGAACGACAAAAAGCGAUCCUCACCACAACCGCCCAAAAAGCACAGAGCGCAACGAAAACCCCCGAUAG